CUUCCGAACGCGCUCGCACGAACUCAUCUCCGCAUGCCGUCCCGUCUCAUUCCUGGUUCGAAUUCUUCUGGUCUCAUGUCAUGCUCGGAGAAACCGCUGCAAACGUCGACCCGGGCGGUCCGGAUCCAAACCCGCUGUGUUCCACCGUCGUGGGCUGCGCCAUCUUCAUACUGGUCAUGGUCGGUUGGUCCGUGUUCACCAUCCUGGAGGUCGACCGCUGGGACACCGACCACCCUGAAACAGUCAGCUCCAGCGAACGAACCUACCGUACUUGGACCACCACCGCCAAACCUCAUCGUAUUCAUACCCAGCGUGUGGUACAGAAGGACGACGCUUAUGGCGGUGGAAACUUUGCUCUCUUUCCACCCGAGUACUACCUCAACAACAGCCACAAGUAUUACUGCUUCUACCAUUCCAGCCUAGAACGGGUCCAAGUGUUGGGUACAACUUACGGUCUCAACGUUUUCCCUUACCAUCUUUGUACGCACGCUGUCUUCUGCUGCACUCGUGUCCACCCGCGCACGCACGAAGUUGAAGCCGAUGACGAAGCUGGGAAGUUCUCGCCGUUGCUGAAGACUCGGAACCCGUACAUCAAGACACUCGCCGGCAUCUCCGGCAGGGCCUCGUCGAAUGUACUGGAGAAGACCUGGACGUUCAUCGAUAAGCUCGUGCAAUGGCUGUUUGAGAAGAAGUACGACGGCGUUGUUUUGAUGUGGGCGCAUCCUCUCAAGUCACUUCAGCUUCGUGCGAAGUAUCGAGAAUUGAUUGACGGUUUAAGCCGAAGAUUUGCAAGGGAGAAGUUGACCUUUAGCAUGGUCAUUGAUGCGAUCGGGAGUGCCACCUUAGAUGUCGGGGAGCUGGACAGAUUGCUACUGAAUUACAGCAUGUUGUUAUACCCCAUCGCACCAGAACCACCCCUAGUGCAAUCCGACGGGAUCGAGGAAAGGUCUGCAGUUCUCUACGAAAGAGGACGUCUGACCACAGUACUCAAGAAUGUCCGUGAACACGUGGAACGCUACCAUCCCAAUGUGUCUUCGAACUACAAGGUCUGCUACAUCCUGUCCUUCGCCGGAACCUCGUACAAGUUUUGGAACCGCAACCAGACGGGCAUCGAAGAAAUCAAGUAUGGACCUGGCGACCCUGGACCAUUUACGAAGACUCCAGGUACCCUCGCCUACUAUGAAAUAUGCAACGAAGUAUGGGAGAACAGCAAGGUGUUUGAGUAUGGCGAGGUGGCGCUGCGAGCGGACACCUGGGUGUCCCACUUGUCGGAGUUUGUUGUGCCGGCCCUAGCAAGGCAUAUCCACGAUGUCCUGGAUGGUCGGUGUUUUGGUGCAUGGAAUUUAUACUUCGACGACUUUGCCGGCGAAUGCGGCCGUGGUCCUUAUCCCUUGAUGAGAAAGCUGUUUGGGCUAUUUGAAGACAGGCGAUAGAUCAAUAUGAAUCUGCGUGAUAUUAAGCAGAGAUCCCUGAGAACUUUCAGUUUCAGUUUAUUUGUGUUUCGAGCUCUUCCGCGUACUUCACAUAUUUGCUCGUUAUCACAAUUUAGAUGCUGAAACGGUUUUGCUGUAGAAAUGACGGAUACAUGACAUCUGGUAAUAUAUGCUGAUACGAGAUUAAUGGGAAGAGUAAUAAAAUGUUCGUGCGAGCGCUGGAAGCGUUCC